UGCUCGCCUGCACGAUGUUUUUUCCCAUGUUUCCGACUUCUCCGGACACGCGAUGGCUUUACUCUCACUUUCCCUUCCAAACCUUUUGUACUCUUCUUAGAUGCUCCUCCCUUGCCUGUGACUGACUAUCUUCACGGCGGCACUCUUCUUACGCCGUUUAAGAAGAAGAUGGUGAAAUGAAGCGUGUCUUCGAGGAAAUCUCCGACGACGAGUGGGACAACCACUCCUUCAAACCCUCUCGCGUCCUCGGAAACCACCAAAAACCUCCUCCUCCUAUCGAAGCCUUUGCUUACGGCUCCUCUAACCCCCAACACUCCGACCGGAGCUGCAGCGACGACUGCGUCGAUAUCACGGAUGUUUUGGAGAAAAAAUGUUUUGAUUUGGAGGACGAGGAUGUGGAGGUAGAGGGCACAAGACCCACGACGAACCGUGGUCGUCGGUUCGUUGUCGAUGAUGAGGAGAGUAAUGGGGAUUUCAAUGAAUUCUAUGAAGUAAAGUCGAGCCCCGAGGUACAGGAGGACGACGAAAAUGUUGAUGUGGUCGGGAAGGCUUUGCACAAGUGUGCAAAGAUAUCGACGGAGUUGAAGAGAGAGCUGUACGGCUCCUCGCUGACCACGUGCAGCCGUUACGCGGAAGUAGAGGCUUCUUCUGUGAGGAUUGUGACUCAGGAUGAUAUUGAUGCGGCAUGUAGGUCAGAGGAUUCGGAUUUUCAACCUGUUCUCAAACCAUACCAGCUGGUCGGUGUCAACUUUCUUCUCUUGUUAUAUCAAAAGGGUAUUGGUGGAGCCAUAUUGGCAGAUGAGAUGGGCCUUGGGAAGACUAUACAGGCUAUUACAUAUUUGACCUUACUGAAACACUUGAACAAUGAUCCUGGUCCACAUUUGAUUGUAUGUCCUGCUUCUGUUUUGGAAAACUGGGAGAGGGAACUUAAAAAGUGGUGUCCAUCAUUUUCAGUUAUCCAAUAUCAUGGGGCUGCACGAGCAGUGUAUUCGAAAGAGUUGAGCUCUUUAGCUAAAGCAGGAUUGCCACCUCCUUUUAAUGUUGUUCUUGUAUGUUAUUCACUUUUUGAAAGACACAGUGCAAAGCAGAAAGAUGACCGUAAAUUUCUGAAACGUUGGCGAUGGAGCUGUGUGCUGAUGGAUGAAGCCCAUGCCUUGAAGGAUAAAAAUAGCUAUAGGUGGAAAAACCUUAUGUCUGUCGCACGGAAUGCAAACCAGCGGCUAAUGCUGACAGGAACACCACUCCAGAAUGAUCUACAUGAGCUGUGGUCGUUGCUGGAGUUUAUGAUGCCUGAUCUUUUUGUUACUGAGGAUGUUGACCUGAAAAAGCUUUUAAAUGCGGAUGAUAUGGAUUUGAUUGGUCGUAUGAAGUCUAUUUUAGGACCAUUUAUUUUGAGACGGUUGAAAUCUGAUGUAAUGCAGCAACUUGUUCCAAAGAUUCAAAGGGUUGAGUAUGUUGUAAUGGAAAAGCAACAGGAAGAUGCAUAUAUGGAAGCUAUUGAGGAGUAUCGUGCAACUUCACGAGCUCACAUUGCUAAAAGCUCGGAGAUAAACUCGAAUAAUCUUUUUGGAGUUCUUCCACGGCGUCAAAUAUCUAACUAUUUUGUUCAGUUUCGUAAGAUUGCAAAUCAUCCUUUAUUGGUUAGACAUAUUUACAGUGAUGAGGACGUUGUUCGUUUUGCUAAGAAGUUACAUCCAAUGGGUGCUUUUGGCUUUGAAUGUACCUUGGACCGAGUAAUUGAUGAACUAAAGGGUUAUAAUGACUUCUCCAUUCACCAGCUUCUACUUCAUUACAGUGUCACUGCUACAAAGGGAAUUCUUUCUGACAAACAGGUUAUGCUUUCAGCAAAAUGCCGGGCAUUGGCUGAACUUCUUCCUUCACUAAAGCAAGGUGGGCAUCGUGUUCUGAUUUUUAGCCAGUGGACAUCAAUGCUUGAUAUCUUGGAAUGGACUUUGGAUGUGAUUGGGGUUACAUAUAAACGACUCGAUGGAAGGGUUGCACGAGAGCAGGAGGCAUUGAUGGCGGACAUAUUGGAGAUGUUGGGUGGCUCAAUUCAAUGGAAUGUAAACUUUAUUAGGGCGCCGCAUGAUUGGGAAGUUGGCAGUUUCUCUGAUUUUUUCAGCCUCUUGUACUCCACGGGGUUCAGGGCUCGAGGGACUGACAGGAUGUGGUGGGUACCCCCUAGAAAAGGAACAUUUUCUAUCCGUUCCUUCUAUAAGACACUUGCAAACCUGCAUAACAAUCAUCUUCCUUGGAAAAUCAUUUUGAGAAAUAAGGCGGCUCUAAAGGCGGUAUUUUUCACAUGGACUGCUCCUUUGGGCAAGAUCUUGACUAUGGACAACCUAUGGGAAUGCCGGGUGAUUGUAGUUGAUUGGUGUUGAAUGUGGAUCAUCUAAUACACGGAGAGGUUGCCAGGGUGUUAUGGGAUGAUGUCUUUUGAAUAUUGGACCUAGCCCUGGGUUAUGCCUGCUGGUGUGAUCAAGCUUUGGCUUCUGGAGGAACAUUAACAGUAUUCCACAAACUACAGUUUUGUGGAAAAUGGUUCCAAUUUGUAUACUAUGGUGCAUAUGGAAGGAAAGAAAUAAUUGGAAUUAGGAAUGGCUCAUUGGAGGAGAUUAGAUUGUUCUUUGUUAAUACUUUAUUCCUAUGGGCUAAACUAUUGACUUCAACGGGCUAGAUUUUCUGGAUUUUCUUGUUUCUAUUUUGUCCUCUUAACUAGGUGUUGUCUCUUGUAUACUUGGAUUAUGCCUAUUAUUAAUAUAAUCCUUUUACUUCUAAAAAAAUUGUUGGCUUCUCGUGCUCUACUAACUAUGGAGACAGAAUGUGUCAUCUCUACUGCAAAGAUAAACAUUAGCCACCCAUACCUAAAGCUCGAUCGCUACUUGCACAGAAGCUCAAUCUGCAUCUCCCUGAAAUCUCGUUAUUCAACGGAGUUUCAAAACCAAAGAAACAACCAAAUGAAAUGGUACAUAACAUGAUUGGUGCAAAAGCAAAGACCAAGAAACCCAACUCCCAUGUUGAGAAUUCAAGCUUGUACUUGUUGAUCAUAACGGGAUGCAGAAUCCCUCGAUCACUCUCAUGUAGAAUCUCUCUAUGCCUUAUAUGUUGUCAUCAACAGCUCGUGUAUGUAAGCCUCUGCCACCCCUUAGUGGCGUGCCAAGCCUGGAUAUCAAGUGUGCCACUAGACCUUGAAGGCACAUCUUGGUGUGGGCCACAUCGGCAUUGACUCCCAUGGAAUUGUCUGAACUUGGCCACCUGAUCUUGCCCCCAACCAUCUGAUUGUUCUCAAAGUCCAUUGCUGCCAUCUCAAACAUUAAAUCGAAAUUCUCACUCUGCCGAAAGUUUCACAAUGGUGCAGUGAAAUCUAUAGAAUUGCUGCUAGAUGUUGUGCCUUCCAUGUAUGUCCCACGAACAACUCCUAAAGUACUUUCUUGCAUGCUUGUGCCAUUUUUGUGCUUUUCUUCCCAUCUAAGCUCUUCUUUUUGCUCUCAAUCUUUCCCUUGAAUCCAAAGGCAAUGUGAUCUAUGCCAUGAUAUUAAAAUGCCCUUAAGAUUGACAAU